AUUGAAUAUGUUUUUAUUUAAAUGUAUGCAUUGUGUUUUAUUGUGAGUACAUCGGAAGCAAGAGUAUUGACGACUUUUUAUUGCAUCAGAAGUAUGGGUGAAUGCAGUACUCUUGGUCAAAACCUACCAUCAGGGUCAGGGCUGUGUGGCAUCAAAAGAAGUCAUUCCAGUGAUGACAGUGAUGAUGCCACCAUCCCAACCAAGGUCUUCAAAAAUGACAUUUGUAGGUUGAUUGAUUUGCCAGAGCGCCAUACGGAUCCUGGAUCAGAGACUGAAUUUUCAUUUCAGGAAGAAGAAACAGAUUUAUGUUGCCGCAGCAGCGAAACGUCUAGCAGUGAGUGGUCAGAGAGAAAUGCAGUAGGUCGUGUCGAAUUUGAAAUACGGUCACCUAAUGAAGGGCCGAAUCCUUUUGGCGAUAGCAGUACUGCGAGUGAUGCCAGUGUGAACGAGCUUCAAGUUGUUGGGCUUCCACCACCCAAGACAUGGGACAAUGCAGGAAAUUCUAGUUGUGCUUCAUCAGGCAGCUCUGACGUCUUUGAUCCAGAAAUCCCGAGGAGGGAUUACUGGACGUGUCUGCAGUGCAGCAACGUGAACAACAGACCUGCAUUCCGAUACUGCGAGAAAUGUUACAAGGUGAGGCGGGACAUGUACCAGCCGCGGGUGAAACCAAGGAAGAGAAGAAAGAGGAAGAGCUCAAAGGGAGUGGCCACUGCAAGGAAUUCCAUAGCUAUGAAGGUAGUCAGUGAGAGGACUACAAGCACAAACAAAUUUCAGCCCAACAGUACGAUGUUCAGAGACACUUUUAAAAGCUGUGAUGAUUUGAAAACAUCACCAAUAGCUUUUAGUGGAGUAAAACUGGAAUCGUGUUCCCAGGAGAACAGGGACAGCGGUGUAGCUUGCAGCCAAAGCAGUGGCGUGGCCUGUAGUCAGAGCACAGUUGCCUCUGCCCUGCCGGCAAGUGGCAAAGACAGUGACUCCAGCCUGAGUCCAGACUCUGGUGCCGAUACUCGGGAAUUCCAUGGCAUCAAGCUCUCCAGCACCAGAGAGCACAGUUUGAAAGUCAGCUCACUGGGACUUGACUUGAGACAAAGUGUUGAUGUAGUCGAUUUGUUAGCGCGUGUCACACGUCGAGAAGCUUGUGUGAUUGCCUCACAGUCAAAUAAUUUACAUCAAGACAGCAGUCAAAUUGACUCAUCAUCACAGACAUCAUGUCGAGAUGUUCAAAGAGCUGUUCAUGCUGUGCGGACUUUGUAUAGAAGUGUGGAUGAAGUUGAUGCUGUGGAGCCUUACAGGAAUCAAUGUGUUGAUGAAGUUAACACUGUGAAUCCUUCCAUGAGUCAGGGUGUUGAUGAAGUCGACGCUGUGCAUCCUUCCAUGAGUCAGGGUGUUGAUGAAGUUGACACUGUGCAUCCUUCCACAAGUCAGGGUGUUGAUGAAGUCGACGCUGUGCAUCCUUCCACGAGUCAGGGUGUUGAUGAAGUCGACGCUGUGCAUCCUUCCACGAGUCAGGGUGUUGAUGAAGUCGAUGCUGUGCAUCCUUCCACGAGUCAGGGUGUUGAUGAAGUCGACGCUGUGCAUUCUUCCACGAGUCAGGGUGUUGAUGAAGUCGACGCUGUGCAUCCUUCCACGAGUCAGGGUGUUGAUGAAGUCGACGCUGUGCAUCCUUCCACGAGUCAGGGUGUUGAUGAAGUCGACGCUGUGCAUCCUUCCACGAGUCAGGGUGUUGAUGAAGUCGACGCUGUGCAUCCUUCCACGAGUCAGGGUGUUGAUGAAGUCGACGCUGUGCAUCCUUCCACGAGUCAGGGUGUUGAUGAAGUCGACGCUGUGCAUCCUUCCACGAGCCAGGGUGUUGAUGAAGUCGACGCUGUGCAUCCUUCCACGAGCCAGGGUGUUGAUGAAGUCGACGCUGUGCAUCCUUCCACGAGCCAGGGUGUCGAUGAAGUCGACGCUGUGCAUCCUUCCACGAGCCAGGGUGUCGAUGAAAUUGACUCUGUGCGACCUUCCACGAGUCAGGAUGUUGAUGAAGUCGACGCUGUGUGGCCUUCCUCGAGUCAGGGUGUCGAUGAAAUUGACUCUGUGCGACCUUCCACGAGUCAGGAUGUUGAUGAAAUUGACUCUGUGCGACCUUCCAUGAGUCAAAGUGUUAAUGAAGUUGACUCUGCGUGCCCUUGCACAAGUUGGGGUGUUGAUAAAGUUGAUGCUGUUUGGCCUUCUGUGAGUCAGGGUGUUGAUGAAGUGGACACUGGGCAGCAACACACAAGUCGGAUUGUUGAUGAGGUUGACUAUGUGCAGCAUUCCAGUAAGGGAAGUGUCUGUGAACUGCGCUCUGUGAAAACUCAGACUGAUCUCUGCUUUAUUUCAAAGAGUGACAUACCAAAAGAAAAGCCAAUUGUUGAUGUCGAUAAAUUGUGGCUGCGAACAAAUGCACAGACACCAUAUGUUGAGCCUAUACUGUGCAUCCGCAGCAAGAAUGUGGUACCUUAUGUUGCAAUCAUGUAUCAUGCCAAACUGUUAGUUUGCAGUGGCAAACAGAGUGCUAUCUCUCAGGUGAGGCGAGAUAUGUGCUUGCUAUGGGUGAAACCGAGAAAGAGGAAGGGCUCAAAGGGAGUGGCCAUUGCAAGGAAUUUCACAGCUGAGAAGGCAAACAGUAAGAGGCCUACAGGUGCAAACAAAUACUAG